ACCGAGCCAGCGACUACGGAAGCUACCCCGCGCUUUACCCCACUACGCGUCACAUAAUCCUCGCUGUACAUUCAGCCGAAGUAUCAGGUCACCAGUCUGGCAUGAUGCACUCUUGUUCCUUCAAAGACAACACAACAUCCAGGUCGAAGACCCGCAGGUUCACCACACACCAAAGAUAAUCCAGCUCAGCAAAAAUCUGACAUGUCACCACGCUCUCGCCCUCCAUUUCAGGAUCUUCCACUCGACAAGAAUGGCCCUCCAGGAAACGCAUGGGGCCUCUACGGCGCAGACGACGAACUCGGCGCUCUAAACAUGAUCACACCGUCUGUCGUCAAAGCAGCUGCCCAAGAAAUACAAACAGGUGACCGCGUCUCGCUAGACUGGUAUCUUAACUUACCUUCUUAUCCUUCGUUCAACCGGCCACAAUUCUCUUGGAAAAUGAUGAACAAAGAACAUCCAGAUGGCACGAAGAGAACAGUCAACGAUGAUCAUCUAGACUUCAACACUCAAGGAAGUAGCCAGUGGGACGGAUUCAGACAUUACGGAUAUCAAAGCGCAAAGAGAUACUACGGCGGGCGAUCACAGCAAGAUAUCGAGUCGUCGGAAGUCAUCGGCAUCGAUCGUGUGGCUAACUCUGGUGGUAUCACUACUCGGGGUAUCAUCCUGGACUACCCGCGAUAUCUUGAAAGAAAAGGAAAGAAAGGAGUGUACGCACUAGAUGCGAAUAGUAUUACAGCAGAGGAGUUGGAGGAUAUGCUCCAAGAAACAGGUAUCAAGACGAGAGAAGGUGAUAUGUUAUUGUUACGAACGGGAUUCACUCGCGAUUACGCCAAGCUAGGCGAUGAAGAGAAGAGAGCUAUCAGGGAUAAGCCGCCGGCGUUCUUGGGCGUGCAGUCGGAUAAGCAGUCAGUACAGUGGAUUUGGGAAAAUGGGUUUGUCGCUGUUGCAUCCGACGCUCCUUCUUUUGAAAUGGCACCUCUAGUAGGUCCACACAACGCCCCAGGCGGUCUCUGGGCGGGUGAAUCCUGGGAAAAGGAUAUGCAGGGCGGUGGAUUAUUACACCAGUGGUUGCUGGGUGGCUGGGGUGUCAUGAUAGGUGAGAUGUUUGAUCUGGAGCGGUUGUGUGAGAAGAGUGAGGAGUUAGGACGGAGGUCUUGCUUUGUUAGUAGUGUGCCGUUGAAGGUACCUGGUGGUGUUGCGAGUCCGCCAAAUGCUGUCGCGAUCUUCUAAUCGAAUGUCUCUUCUCGUAGGACACGAUUUUGAGAAGAGGUUUGGCGUGGUACAGUGGUAGCAAAGCCAAGCCGGUGCUUACUCUCAUCUCCUCUCCGCUCUCGGAGUUUCCUCCAUUGGCAAAUGCAUGGAAUUAUAACGAAAUUGAACUUUGC